AUAGGAUCGUGUCAGAAAGGAGGUGGAUACUGUUAUGCAAGACAAUCAAGGAAAGCUCACCAUGAAAUCGUUGCAAAAUUUAUCAUAUUUAGAGAGAUGUAUAAAAGAGGCAUUACGUUUGUAUCCCAGCGUUUAUUUUAUAACACGAUCUAUUUCGGAAGAUGUAAAAUUAAAGUCAUAUUUACUACCUGCUGGGACAAGUAUAAUUCUUUAUAUCUAUGGAGUUCAUAGAGAUCCCAAUUUUUGGCCAAAUCCAGAAGUAUUUGAUCCAGAUCGAUUUUUGCCUGAGAAGAUCCAAAAUCGUCAUCCUUACUCGUAUUUACCAUUUAGCGCUGGGCCACGUAAUUGCAUCGGCCAACGAUUCGCUCUGCUGGAAAUGAAAGCGAUGGUAGCCCCUCUGAUACACAAUUUCUAUUUGGAACCUGUUGAUUAUUUGAAGAAUCUUCGGCUGCAUGUUGAUAUAGUACUUCGACCUGCUCAUCCUGUUCGUAUAAAAUUUGUUCCUAUAUCUGCAAAAUGAAUGCAAGUCCAAUAAAUUCAAAUUCAACGAACGUUGGCAAACGUCACGAAAA